AUGUCGCUGAAGAGAUUACUGCAUCGAAUGGUGCAGAAACUCGAGAAUGAGCCCACCGCUGACGAUCAGCCGAAGAAUCCACCAUCUCCUAAAAGUCGUCUCGCUGUUUUGAAGAGGAAUAAGAAACCAGCGGCUACGUCGGAUCCGUUUCGGUUUCAAGGAAAUGGUGUCACUUACAAGGGGAAAUUGAUCGGCGAACGUGAUGUGGAGAGCGCUCGAGGAGAUGCAAUGUGUGCAGAUGCUAUGAGAGCAGUAAAAGCAGCUGUAAAAGCUGCAGGUGCACACAAAACUCGCAUCAUUCUUCAGAUAAAUAUCGAUGGAAUCAAAAUUGUCGAUGAAAAGAGUAAUGCUAUCUUACAUAACUUCCCAGUUUCGAGAGUGUCGUUUAUAGCUCGUGAUACUACUGAUGCUAGAGCUUUUGGAAUAGUUUUCGGGCAACCAGACAAUAAAUAUAAAUUCUAUGGAAUCAAAACUGCUCAGACUGCUGACCAAGCUGUUCUUGCUAUUCGAGAUAUGUUCCAGGUGGUAUUCGAAAUGAAGAAAAAACAUAUAGAACAAGUUAAACAACAGCAGGAAGAACGAAAAACUGGCAAGGAGACAGAACCGGCUGCCGGGGUAGCUGUUGCCGAUUUGUUAGACUUGGAAACAGAAGUUCAGCAAAUUCAACAAGGAUUGCAACAACUGGAACAGAUUCCGACAGGAACGGAUGCGUUCGGUUCGACACCGUUCGCUGAUCCUUUCCAGGACAGUUUUGUUGGCAAUAGUCCUUUGGUGAACGGGUCAAGUAUGAAUACAUCGCUUACUAGCUCUACUCAACCUCAGUAUCCGUCGCAGUUUCCACCGCAUUCACAGAAUGCUGGCUGGCUCCGUCAACCUGGGAUGCCGCUACAAGUUCCACCGUCCACUAUGCAGGUUCCCGUAGCUCAAGCGCAUGCUCCUUUUGUUGACGCAUGGGGUGCUCCUCAAAUAACACAUACACAGAGCACACCAGCCUUUGUUCCAAACGGAUUUUCAGAAACUAAUCCAUUUGCAUCUGUUGCUGUCGCUACUCAACACGUGUCACCGCAGACUCGUGAUCCAUUUGACACACGAAAUGUUUUACAUGUUCCGCAAACCAUACCGACUGGAUAUGCAGCAGAUUGGGGGAUGAAAGAAAACGCUGCGCCACAAAUGCAGCAUGCGAGCUCGUUCACGACAACUAAUUGCUUUGGAGAUAAUAAUUCUCAAAAUCAAAACCAAACUAAAUGGGAGGAGCCGCGUAAAGUGACGUCAUUGGAGGAGGCGUUCACGAAGCUUGUGGAUAUGAAUGCUCUUGUUGCACGACCAGCGAACGAUACGAAGAAGAAUCCGUUCGAACACAUUCUGAAUCCACCUAAGGCAUCUCUGAACGCACUGGGUGCGAUGCCAAUGCAUCCUCCGCCUGCAGUAAUGGCAAAUCACGCGGAUCCCUUUGGCGACGACUUCUUCCGCUAA